AUGCGAUGGCACAGGAUCCGGGUCUCCAUCCGGACGCAGCUGAUAGCACUCGUGCUGUUCGUAGCGCUGUUUUCGCUGUUUGUGCUGGCCAUCGUGGCCGGCAUCUACUUCACGUGGGUCUUUAGCGGGGCGAGGGUCGAAAAACUGCAGGUUGUGGCAGAGCUCAAGGCUUCGCAAAUAAAACAAAGUUUCACGUUUUUCUACUACCAGAUCUACUUUUUGAGCAAGCGGGACACGCUCGAGGACGCGCUGAGCUACCGCAAGGCGGGAAACACGUCUUACUCCGUCACCGCAGACGCCGUCAAGAUAAUUGAACAAACACUCGACUCGUCUGCCUCGCUGAACGCCGCGCGGCUCUACGACGUCAACCUGUCGCUGAUCGCGAACGUGUCGAACCGCGAGGCGGCCGCCAAAAUCGCCGCAGACUCGCUCGAACGCCUGUACGUUCUGGGCCACAACGACUCUGCCGAGGUGACCGAUCAGCUGACCGAACGGCUCGGCUACGUUGCCGGGCCCAUAUACUACAACACCUCAUAUUUCAUAUCUCUGACGCUGCCCGUGUACUCGAACUCGUCUGUGCUGCUCUCGACGCCCAACUUGAGCGGCUACAUCUCCGUCAUCGUCAACGUGGACUCGGUCAAGGACGUCAUAAACGGCGCGUCGACCGACGACUACGCUGGCAUCUAUCUUUUGAAAGCGCUCAACACCACCGCCAAAGCAACGCCCCCCGACAAGUACUCGUACGUGUUCGAGCCCCGCGACAGCGAGUACAACAUCUCGUCCUAUCCGCCUGCCGAGGCCGUCUUCAUCCACAACAAGGACAUCGGCUACGCCGACUUGCGGAACCCAUUUGGAGAGCGGGUUUCCGUCGGAUACGCCAAGGUGGAUCUCACGUACGCCAACUGGAUGAUCUCUGUGGAGCAGAGCCACGGCAAGUUCAUGGAGCCGACCUAUCGGCUGACCAAACUGCUUGUGGGUGUGUGCAUCGGGAUUGCCGCGUUUCUGUGUUUCGUGACGUUCCCGCUUGCGCAUUACGGCGUGCGGCCAAUUCUGAAGCUGCAGAAGGCCACCGAGCAGGUCACGGAGGGCCGUGGGCUGCGCACGCAAAAGCGGCGCAAGAGAAACGGAGCCAUUUUCAGCUUUGACCGCGGAGACAGCACCCGGCGCGCAAACAAUCAGAGCACGGACGACUUGCCGCCGCUGCCGCCGGGGCCGGCAGGCAGCCAGUUCGCGAAGGGUAGCAGGCACGGCCCGCUCGGCAGGCUGCGACGACUGAUGGUCCCGAAAAGCGUCAGCGACACAGAUCACGUGAAAACGGAGUCGAGCAACACGAGCGACGAGAAGCUGUUUGGGCGCGAGCUCGACGACGAGCAGCGCGACACCACGGGCCGCGCCGUGCCAAGCCGGCAGUCUCACGAGAGCUUCCCCGACUGGGCCGCCAGCGGGCGCGUGCCGACGCCGGCGAUCGUGCAGGGCAAGGGCCUCUUCUACGACGAGCUGAGCGAGCUCACGGAGGCGUUCAACGCGAUGACCGAGGAGCUGGACCUGCAGUACGCACAUCUCGAGGACCGUGUGCGGGCUCGGACCAAGGAGCUGGAGGUGGCCAAGACCCAGGCCGACGCGGCGCGGCAGCAGGCGGAGGCGGCGAACGAGGCCAAGACGGUGUUCAUCGCCAACAUCUCGCACGAGCUGCGCACGCCGCUCAACGGCAUCCUCGGCAUGACGUCGGUGGCCAUGGCCGAGACCGACGUCGACCGCAUCCACUCGUCGCUGGAGCUCAUUUUCCGCAGCGGCGAGCUCCUGCUGCACAUCCUUACACAGCUUCUGACGUUCAGCAAGAACCAGCUGCAGCGGUCGAAGCUGCAGAAGCGCACGUUCCAGAUCUCGGAGCUCGCGUCGCAGACAGAGUCCAUUUUCGGCAAGACCGCGCUCGACCAGAAGGUGAGGCUCGAGCUGGCCGUGAAGCCGUCUGUUCUGCGCCACAUGGUGCUGUUUGCCGACUCCAACCGCCUCAUGCAGGUGAUCAUGAACCUCGUGAGCAACUCGCUCAAGUUCACGCCCGAGGAGGGCGUCGUGACGAUCUCGAUGCGCAUUCUGGGCGAGUACGACGCGCAGCGGUCGCGCGAGGCCAACUACGCGAGCGUCUUCAUCAAGAACAACCCGGCGUACUCGUCUGCUGCGCCCGCCGGCUCGGACGCCGCGAGCGUCGACACCAUGGCGUCAGGCAGCUACAGCAGCGUGCUGGCCGCGUCGUACAACCACGGCACCGAGCUGCGCGCCAGCGUCGACUCGCUCACGUCCGGACUCGACGACGGUGGGUACCUGGAUAGCCAGAAGGAGAGAAAAAUGUACACCAAGUUCAGCAAACCGAUCAAAUGGGUGUUCGAGCUGACCAUCACCGACACCGGGCCGGGCAUCGACGAGUCGCUGCACGACAAGAUCUUCGAGGCUUUCGUGCAGGGCGACCAGACUCUGUCGCGGUCGUACGGGGGCACCGGUCUGGGGCUGUCGAUCUGCAAGCAGUUCGCGCAGAUGAUGCACGGAACGCUGACGUUGCGGUCGAAGGUGGGCGAAGGCUCGUCGUUCACGUUCACGAUUCCUGUUCCGCAGGUUGGCGAGUGCCCGUACGAGGAGCCGGCGCCGAAACGGGUCAGCUUCGCGAACGGGGCGACGUCGGUGCCCGAGAUGCCGACGGUAGAGUCGGCGUACAUGGGCAAGCCGGAUCUGAUCACGAGAGCGUCGACGGGCACGGCGCAGUCCCACAGAAAAUCGUCCAACAGCUCGAACGUGUCCAGCGCGGCGUCGUCGAGCAGCACGAGUCCAAUCAAGGUGCUCAUUGCCGAGGACAACCUCGUCAACCAGGAGGUGAUCAAGCGGAUGCUGAAGCUGGAGGGCAUCUCCGACGUGACCAUGGCGUGCGACGGGAUCGAGGCGAGCGAGUUCAUGACGGAGGCCGUCGAGAACAACAAGACGUACGACCUGGUGUUCAUGGACGUGCAGAUGCCCAACAUGGACGGUCUUUCCGCGACGAAGUACUUCCGCGAGGAGCUCCGGUACACGGGGCCGAUCGUCGCGCUGACGGCGUUUGCCGACCAGAGCAACAAGGACGACUGCCUGAAGGUGGGCAUGUCGGGCUUUCUGUCGAAGCCGAUCAGCAGAGCCUUGCUGCGGCGCAUUCUGCACGACUUCUGUCCUCAGCUGUGUGCGAGCACAGAAAAUCAUAGAGUUUAA